CUCGCCAGGACCGCGGCGGCGGCUGCUGAGCCCCUCCCCGCGCCCCGGUUGGCUUCCCCGGAGACCGCAAGAAGGGGGCCGGGGGGAGCCGCCCCCGGCCGGCCGCAGGCAUGAAUUCCAACGUGGAGAACCUGCCUCCGCACAUCAUCCGCCUGGUGUACAAGGAGGUGACGAUGCUCACGGCCGACCCGCCCGACGGCAUCAAGGUCUUCCCCAACGAGGAGGACCUCACCGACCUGCAGGUCACCAUCGAGGGCCCGGAGGGGACGCCGUACGCGGGCGGCUUGUUCCGCAUGAAGCUCCUGCUGGGGAAGGACUUCCCCGCCGCCCCCCCCAAGGGCUACUUCCUGACCAAGAUCUUCCACCCCAACGUGGGCGCCAACGGCGAGAUCUGCGUCAACGUGCUCAAGAGGGACUGGACGGCCGAGCUGGGCAUCCGGCACGUGCUGCUGACCAUCAAGUGCCUGCUGAUCCACCCCAACCCCGAGUCCGCGCUCAACGAGGAGGCGGGCCGCCUGCUGCUGGAGAACUAUGAGGAGUACGCGGCGCGGGCCCGGCUGCUCACCGAGAUCCACGGCGGCGCCCGGGCCCCGACCGCCGGGGCUGCGGCCUCCCCGGACCCCGGGGCCCCCGGAGGGGCCGAGGGCCCCACGGCCAAGAAGCACGCGGGCGAGCGCGACAAGAAGCUGGCGGCCAAGAGAAAGACAGACAAGAAGCGGGCGCUGCGGCGGCUGUAGUGGGCCCCCUCCCCUCCCUCCUACUCUGUCUCUAAGUUAUUUAAGUUAUGGCUGGGUGGGGGAGGGUGGGG